AUAACUCUUGGCGUUCCAUCUCUCUCUCUCUCUAUCUCUCUCUCUCUCUCUCUCCUCUUUCUCUCUCUAACAAUGUAAUCCUCGCUCCGUCGGCCUGCCUCGAAGCCACCUUCUUGGCCGGCUCUCCAUCUCCGGCCGGCCUCCGCCCACGGCCGCCGACAAGAUGGUGUCUCCCGCCGCCGCGGCGUCGUCGUCCUCCUCCCAGAAGAAGCAGCCCCUCUACUCCCUCCUGACCCGCAACCUCGCCAACCUCACCAUCCCCUCCUCCUCCGCCGCCGCCGCUCCUCCUCUCUCCUCCUCGCCCCCUCUGGACUUCGAUUUCUCCGAGGUCUUCGGCCCCAUCACGCCCCACCUGAACCCGAACCCGAACCCGUCCUCCUACUCUUCCGCCAAUCCGCAACCGCCCAAGGACCCGCCCAUGAUCCAGAACCGGUCCCACUCCUUCGUGGGCCUCCCUCGUUACGCCCACUCCAACUCUCUCCCUUUCAUCGACUCUUCCGAAGACGAAGGAGCAGACGGCGACGACGAUGCGAAAGGCGGGAUUUUGGAGGGGAACGAGCGAGAAAGCUCGGACCUUGGCGGCGUCGGCGGGAGAGAAAUCGCGGAGGGCGGCGCCAAGAUCGGGCCGGGGGACUUCGAGAUACUGCGGGUGGUGGGGAAGGGCGCUUUCGGGAAGGUGUUCCAGGUGAGGAAGAAGGGCGGGCACGGCGGGGAGGGCGACGGGAUAUACGCGAUGAAGGUGAUGAGGAAGGAGACGAUCAUCAAGAAGAACCACGUGGAUUACAUGAAGGCGGAGAGGGAUAUUCUCGCCAAGGUCGUGCACCCCUUCAUCGUCCCGCUCCGGUAUUCUUUCCAGACCAAGUCGAAGCUUUAUUUGAUCCUGGACUUCAUAAACGGAGGGCAUCUUUUCUUUCAUCUUUACCGACAAGGGAUAUUUAGUGAGGAUCAAGCGAGGUUUUUUGCUGCUGAGAUAGUAUCUGCUGUUUCACAUCUUCACAAAUGCGGAAUUGUGCACCGGGAUCUUAAACCUGAAAAUAUUCUCAUGGAUGCUGAUGGACAUGUAAUGCUUACUGACUUUGGUCUAGCAAAGGAAAUUGAUGAAUUAAGCAGAUCAAAUUCGAUGUGCGGAACCACUGAAUACAUGGCUCCUGAAAUUUUGCUUUCUAAAGGCCACAAUAAAGAUGCAGAUUGGUGGAGCGUUGGGAUACUUCUAUAUGAAAUGUUAAAUGGACAGCCACCAUAUACGCAUACAAAUAGACAGAAGCUUCAGCAGAGAAUUAUCAAUGAGAAAGUUAAACUGCCACCACGCUUGACUAGCGAAGCUCAUUCUUUGCUCAAAGGAUUGCUACAGAAGGAACCAUCUAAAAGAUUAGGAAGUGGACCAAAAGGUGGAGAAGAGAUUAAAGGUCACAAAUGGUUCCGGUCAAUCAACUGGAAGAAAUUGGAGGCUCGAGAGGUGCAGCCAAAUUUCAAGCCAGAUGUUUCUGGAAAAGAUUGUACAGCGAACUUUGACAGAUGCUGGACUGCAAUGCCUCUAGAUGACUCACCAGCUCCAACACCUACUGCAGGCGAAUAUUUUCAGGGUUAUACCUACAUUCCCCCUAACCCAUGGCUUUCAUCAAGUUCUGUGGAAGGGUAACACCCACCGUAGCAGAACUGGAAGUGAGAAAUAAGCUACUGUAAGUUUGCAUUAGCUGAGGGAAUUAGAGAUAUCCACAACUUACCAUUGCUUGAUUUUAGUAUAUUCUGACUGAAUUGCUUGAUUUGCUGUUUUUGAGCUGUAGCUACUUGUACCUUGCUGUAUAUCUUUACUUUAUGUGUUGUUUAGGGACAUCCCUUUAGUAAUCAAAUCUGCUUCUUCAUCUUU